AUGUUACAAAGGGUUUGUAGAUUGAAUACUAGGCUGCCUUCUGAUUCAGGUGCGUUUGCAGACUGGGUGGCUAAUCCUUCGUCUUCCUCUGCUCUCAGACCUUCUGAUCAGGACCUCUCCUUGGGCUUCAAUGCCGGUUCCGCCGCCCCUGGUGGAGGCUCGACGGGGAUUUGGUCGUCAGCCUCUGCUCGGCAAAUCAACUAUGGUGUCCCAGCUGAAAUGGGUAUGUUUGUCGUUGCUCCCUCGAGCCAUCAUCUUUCUGAUCAUGCACAUGCUCACUCUCUCAACGCACCAUUCUCCAAUGCUUCCACCGCCACUGCGACGGCGCUUGGCGUUGGUGUCAUCCCGCUUAUAUCCGCCACCCCUUGUCUAGAUGAGGGUAUGGUGGGUAAUCGUGGGGUUAGAGGUAACAACGCGAACACUAGUACUAACAGCAUUCAGUUUUGGCAACCGCAUCCACAACAAAGUUUCUUGAAGAAAUCGUUAGUUUCCGAUCAUGGAUUUGGCGGCGGCGGCGGCGGUGUUGGUUCGGCGUCAACGUCUGGGUCCACCCUGACUUGUCAAGACUGCGGAAACCAAGCCAAGAAAGACUGCAACCACCGACGGUGUAGAACUUGCUGUAAAAGUAGAGGUUUUGAUUGUGCUACCCACGUGAAAAGCACUUGGGUCCCCGCCGCUCGCCGUCGCGAACGUCAGCUCAUGCCAUCCACCGGCGGCGCUACAGCAGGUUCCUCGGCGUCUACUUCCGUCACCAAGAAACCUCGACUCACUUCGCGCACCGCGACUCCGUCACACACUUCAACGUCAAAUACCACACCUCCAAGAAGCUUCGACACUAGUUCUAGUCAUCAUCACCAAGAUCCAAGUUUUAUGCAAUCAUUGCCGGUUCAAGUGCGUGCUCCGGCGGUUUUCAAGUGUGUGAGAGUAACGGCUGUAGAAGACGGAGACGACGAAUAUGCAUACCAAGCGUGCGUGACAAUCGGUGGUCAUUUGUUCAAAGGGUUCCUCUAUGAUCAGGGAGCUGGAACAAGAGACAAUUCCAACAUACCAAAUUUAUCUGAAUUGCAUUUGGGUGGUGGCGUAGGACGCAAUGUAGGUGGUUCUUUAUCUUCUCAACCACUUGAACCACCUCCGGUUUACGGUUCCUCCGGUGGCGGAUUGCUUGGUUGACACCAUUAUUAAUUACUGAUAUUUAUCUUGUAUUUUUUUCAGUUAAGCCCAAAGUUUCAUGGAAUCCCUAUGUCUUUGUACUAUUUGUU